UCACGGCGAUCGCAGCGACUCCGUAAUAAUAUGCGCCCAAUCGAGACUAAUAGUGCGCCCACACUGUGCUGCUGAGUGUGCCAUAGUCCGAGCAGCAUUCCUCGAGUCCGAUUCCGAACACCGAGGCCUAGUCUUAGUUCGCUGCAGAGUUCUCAGUCUGAGUGGCGAUAAAAAACGAUUUUUUAAAAAACCGAAAUGCGUGGUCUGCGACAGUUAUCCAACGCUGUGAGACCAGCGGCGGCGUUGCGGCGGCACAGCGGCAGCUCUUCCGCGGCGGCGAAUUUCGAUCUCGGCGGAGUGUUCGUGCCCAUACCCACUCCGUACCUGAGAAACGGAGACGUCGACUACGGGGCGCUUGCUUACAAUUUCGAACGAUGGGAAAAAAUACCGUUCAGAGGUUACUGUGUGGGUGGAUCCAACGGUGAAGGACCAUAUUUAAAAGCCGAAGAAAAAUUAGAAAUGGUGUCCAAAAUUCGAUCCAUGAUCGGAAAAGACAAAUUACUGAUUGCUGGGACAACUUGUGAAUCAACUAAAUUGACGUGCGACCUUAGUAAAGCCGCGGCUGAAGUUGGAGCAGACGGCGUUUUGGUGAUGAGUCCCUUCUACUUCAAAACCAGAAUGACGGAGGACUCGUUGUACGAGCAUUUCGUGUCGGUGGCCGACUCGUGUCCAGCGCCGGUCAUAGUGUACAACAUGGUGCCCGUGACCGGCAUCGACCUCAGUGUAGAAAUACUGAAGAAAAUGUCCUUACACCCGAACAUUGUCGGCGUUAAGGAUAAGGACAUGGGAAAACUCGCAGCGCUGGUCAACGAAACGCGAGACCAGAGAUUCCAAAUCGCUGCCGGGUCGGCGAGUUAUUUACUGGCCGCCAUGCUCGUUGGAUGCUCGGGCGGAAUAAACGGCCUGGCCGCCGUACUUGGCGAACCUUUGUGCAAGAUGCACCAACUGGCGGUGGAGGGUCGGUGGCAGGAGGCUUUGGAAUUGCAGAGGAAACUCGUAAAUAUCGAUUUGUUGCUGAUGCAAGAAUGUGGACCGGCUGGUCUGAAAGCUGCGAUGGAACUGUUGGGCUACAAGGGAGGUUUGUGUCGAUCUCCGUUACCGCCGAUCAGCGCCGAGAAAGUUGCAAAAAUCAAACGGACGUUGGAAAAAGAUGGAUUUUUGUGAUGAAAGGAAAGAAAAAAAAACCCGAACGAUUUAUACAGAAUCAUAUAUCAUAUAUCUUUUUAUUACAAACAAAAGUCAAUACAUUAUUUUAUACAAGUACAUACAAUUAAUAUAAGAUAAUUAUAUCGACACGUCAACUUACGAUGCGACGUAAAUAUACAUUUUUCUAAAUAAAUUAAAUACAAAACUAAUAUUUUAGGAAUAAACACAUAUUAUUAUAUUCAUAAGAAGCAUUCAAAAUAAUUUCACUAACGGAGUAAAGGAAACCGUGAAUAAAAAUCAUUAUAAAAUGUCAGCUCACCGUUUUAAAAAGUGUAGAUGUUUACAUUAUGCUUAAAAAUAUUUAUUAUUUUUUUCGAUAUUUUUUGCCAUGGCACGUUUAAGAGUCU